GUUGGAUUACAGAUGAGUUUUUUUCCCCUGUUCUUUACUCUUUACAGCUCACUGACGGGCUGCGUCCUCACAGAGAGCCCUCAGCAGGAUGGGUGCUCUCCAGACGCAAAGGCUGUUGUGGAUGUGCGUUUUGUUCUUCACAGGAAUCACAGCAGUUAGUGGCUCAAAUGUGUGCACUUCCAGAGGAGCCAGCACAUGCAAGCAAUGUCUGGCCGUGCACCCUAGUUGUGCGUGGUGUUUCCAAGAGGACUUUGGACAUGGAGUUGCUAGCUCAUCUCGCUGCGAUCUGAGGACCAACCUCUUGGCAGCAGGCUGUGCUCCAUCAGCUCUGGAGUCUCCAACCAGCAAAUUACAGGUGAUUGAAGAUCGACCACUCAGCAACAAAGCGGCAGGAGCAACACAAGAUGUUACCCAGAUAAAGCCCCAAAGAUUACAUAUCACCCUCAGGCCAGAUGAUGCCAAGCGCUUCACGGUGAAGGUGCGUCAGGUGGAGGACUACCCCGUAGAUCUCUACUACCUCAUGGAUCUUUCGUACUCCAUGAAUGACGACCUCUUCCGCCUGAGAACGCUAGGCAAAGGCCUGGCUGAAGCCAUGAACCGUACCACCAGCAACCUGCGCAUGGGCUUUGGGGCUUUUGUGGACAAGCCACUCUCACCUUACAUGUACAUCUCACCUGAAGCGGCUGUGAAGAACCCGUGCUACAGCAUUAAUACCACCUGUCUGCCCCAGUUUGGCUACAAACAUGUUCUGUCUCUGACGGAAGAAGUGAGUCGCUUCACGGAGGAGGUGAAGAAGCAGAUGGUGUCCAGGAACCGAGAUGCCCCGGAGGGAGGCUUUGAUGCAAUCAUCCAGGCUGCUGUGUGCAAGGAACAGAUCGGUUGGCGUCCAGGUGCAUCCCACCUCCUGAUCUUCACCUCAGAUGCCAAGACUCACGUGGCUCUGGAUGGUCGGCUGGCUGGGAUUGUGCAGCCCAAUGACGGACAGUGCCACCUCAACUCUGACAAUAUUUACAGCAUGUCUACCACCAUGGAUUAUCCGUCUCUUGCUUUGAUCACAGAGAAGAUGUCAGAGAAUAAUAUCAAUCUCAUCUUUGCAGUAACCAACCCUGUGGUUUCUCUUUACCAGAACUACAGUGAGCUGAUUCCUGGCACCACAGUAGGAACGCUGUCCAACGACUCAGGAAAUGUUAUUCAGCUCAUACUGAAGGCCUACGCCAAAAUUCGCUCCAAAGUGGAGCUGGAGCUCCAAGGUGUCCCAGAGGAGUUGUCCCUGUCCUUUAACGCCACCUGCCUGAAUGGAGAGCUCAUCCCAGGCCUUAAAUCCUGCUCUGGGCUCAAAAUCGGAGAUACGGUUUCAUUCAGUGUGGAGGCACGUGCUCGUGGCUGCCCCAAACAAAAGAAGAAAACGUUUAUUAUCAAGCCUGUGGGAUUCAAGGACUCCCUCUCUAUCACCGUCACCUUUGAGUGUGACUGUAAGUGCCAGGCCAAAGCUCAGCCGAACAGCCCCAAAUGCAGCCACGGAAAUGGAACCUACGAGUGUGGCAUCUGUUUGUGCCACCCGGGCCGCUUAGGUCCAUACUGCGAGUGUGCAGAGGGCGACUAUAAUCCCACAGAGCAGGAUCGCUGCAGCGGACCUGCAGGAUCCGGAGGAUCUCAGUCUGCCAUCUGCAGUGGGCGUGGAGACUGCGUGUGUGGCCAGUGUGUGUGCCACAGCAGUGAUUUUGGAAAGGUCUGGGGAAAGCUGUGUGAGUGUGAUGACUUCAACUGCCUGCGAUACAAAGGAGAGCUAUGCUCAGGCCAUGGUGUAUGUAACUGUGGCUUCUGCCAGUGUGCACCAGACUGGCAGGGAGACAACUGUAACUGCUCCAGACGCACUGACACCUGUAUGUCCAACCUGGGUCUGCUGUGCAGUGGGAGAGGUCAGUGUGUUUGUGGAGUUUGUGAGUGCACACAGCCGGGAGCCUACGGGGCCACAUGUGACAAGUGCCCCACCUGCCCAGAUGCCUGUACAAUGAAGAAGGAGUGUGUGGAGUGUAAACACUUCAAGAGGGGCAAGCUGUUCGAAGACAACACCUGCAGUCGAAUAUGCAAAGAUGAGAUUGUGCUUGUGGAUGAAUUAGUGCUCCAUGACACAAACGCUGUAAACUGCACUUACAAAGAUGAAGAUGACUGUGUGGAGCGUUUCCAGUACUAUGAGGACGCCAGUGGCAAAUCUAUCCUGUUUGUCAUCAAAGAGCCAGACUGCCCAAAGGGUCCAGACAUUUUAGUGGUGCUUCUGUCAGUGGCAGGAGCCAUAUUGUUCCUUGGUCUGGCAGCUCUGCUGAUCUGGAAGCUACUGGUUACCAUCCAUGACAGAAGAGAGUUUGCCAAAUUUGAGGAAGAGCGUGCUCGUGCCAAGUGGGACACGGGGCACAAUCCUCUCUACAAAGGAGCUACAUCUACCUUCACAAAUAUCACAUACAGAGGAAAAGACUGAUGCUACUGAGCAAAGACGAAGAAUAAAGGAUGACACAAUGAACUUUUACCAUCCUUUAGGUGAAAGCAACAAAUCAUGUGCAGGCUUCUACUGUCACAAGACAAUAAUUAAUAAUUGUGUGUAAAUAUGUAGAAAUGAUUCAGAAGACACGUUUUAUCAGGGAUUAGACAGUCAUCGAUACUACACUGAUAAAAUAGAAGAUACUGUUUUGUGUGUUUUAAGGAAAUUUGGCUUUUUUUGUUGAAGUCAGAAUGUUUGAUUCCCCCAUAUCCUUCAGAUUUGAUGUGACUUGGAAUGAACUGUUACGUUUUUACUGUAUUUUUUUUCUUUCUCUUAAUAAUUUCCCCUAAUGUGGUCAAUUUUCUAGGAACAUAUUUGAAGAUGUGAACAAUAAAGGCUUCUUUUCCCCCCUUUAAGCAAAUGAAGCACAUUCAAAUGCAUGGUAACAAUUAAUAAGUGACACCAGUGUCCCUUAAUGAAACCUGUGAAACACACCAGAACAGACUAAAAUAGUCAUGGUUUCCUUUCGCAGACAUUAGCUUUUAUCACAUCCUGCCAACAUUGUGUUUCCCGCACAUGAUGUACGCCGCUCAACUUUACAAUGAGUCUCCUAUUAAUUCAAAUUAAUUCAGUAUUU